CACAAACAAACAGCUCUGCCCUGAUUCCAGGUCAGCGUGAUUUUAUCUCCCUAAUUACCAAGAUAACAUAAGCUGAUCAGUUGAAGUGUCUUCAUUGGGGAUCAAACUCCACGCCCCACCAUCUGGAGCUGAUCCUGAAGAGGCGAAGGCACUGUGAAGCUCUCAGUUUAUCCACACAUGACAGACCCCUCACAUGGUCCUUUAAAGAACACUGAGUAACCCGUUCCCUCCAUUGGCUGCCCCGCUGAUCAAUAGGGAAAGAUGGCACGGGACAUGUCCGAUGCCGAGAUCAUGAAAAUGGAGCUCGAACAGCUCCAGAAGGAGGUGAAAAACACUAGGGAGCCUGUCUCCAAAAGUGCAAAGGAGAUUUGUGAAUGGGUUGAAACCCAAUCUGCAGAGGAUCCUCUGAUUAAGGGCGUUCCUGAGGACAAGAACCCCUUUAAGGACAAGGGCGGAUGUAUAAUAACUUAGCCAAAAAUAAAAUCUUUCAGACUGAUUUGAUCUCUUCCUAACCCUCAGUGAAAAUGGAUGUCUUUAGGGGAGAGAUGCUCUUCUUCUUAAGGAAGAAAGCUACUGUUUAUCCAGUUUGAGCAUUUUGAAAUCUGUUUAAAAGAUUGAAUGGGUGUUUUAAUUGCUUUGGUGCAGGAGUAAAUACAAAACAACAAUUCAAUAUUUGCACUAAAAUACAAUUUUUCUGGUGUAUGCUGGUUGUGCAUUGGCCUGAUUCCAGCAAAAUGUCUUUCUCUGUCAACCAAUUUCGUCAUUACGGUCUUUUUGCAUUAGAAUUUGAUUUUGUUCAGUAAACAAUGCAAGUGAUGCGUAAAAAUGAAAUAAAAAUAAAUU